GCUGCCCACAACGUUUCCGUGGUGGGCGUUAAAAAGUUGACUACAAAUGGUGGAAGGGGGAGCACUGCCUGCCACACUGUUCAUCUUCUGCACAACGACCAUGAUCAACGCAUACUGGGUCAUCAUUUUCUUUCAGCUGCUCUCCCUCACCGGGGCCUCUGAGAGUGGCAUAGUGGGUGGAAAGGUCGCAAAGCCUCACUCCAGGCCCUACAUGGCGUCACUCCAGUUUCGGGGAGAACAUUCAUGUGGCGGAAUGCUUAUUCGGGAGGACUUUGUAUUAACUGCAGCACACUGCAAAAAACCUCUGCCAAUGACUGUUGUACUCGGAGCACAUGACAUAAGCAAGAAAGAGAAAAGUCAGCAAUGGAUCCAGGUGGCCAAGUACCAUCAACAUCCAAAAUUCAAUGGAGGAUACGAUUAUGACAUCAUGUUGCUUCAGUUAAAAACCAAUGCUACACUGAAUAGGUAUGUGAAGGCCAUCGGACUGCCUAAGAAAGAGGGCAAAAUCCCAGCCAACAUCAACUGUGCUGUUGCUGGCUGGGGCCGAACUGGAGUCAACAAGCCGUCCUCAAAAGUGCUGAAGGAGACCACGGAGAAGAUGCAAUUCAGCUCUGAGUGCAAACAUAUAUGGCAAGAACCCUUCAAUCCUGAGCUCAUGAUUUGCACCAAAUUUGACAAAAAGAAAGGAGGGGUUUGCCAGGGUGAUUCCGGUGGACCACUUAUCUGCAACAAUAAACCUCAGGGUAUAACAGCUUUUACUGCUAAAGAUGAUUGCAAUAAUCCCAAAUAUCCCCAUGUCUUCACUAAAAUCAAUGUCUUUAUCCCCUGGAUUAAGAGAGUGAUGAAGGGAUUGGGGAAUGUUGCAUGA